AUGGCCGUUGGACGUGAUGUUCCAGCUCCAGAAGCAACAAAUUCGUCAUGUGGCCGUUUGUGUGAUACGUGUGAAGAGUUUUGCGUGCCUUGGAACUCACACUUCUUUGCAAUGCUGAAGGAUUGUGGCCAUACUUGCAAAUUGAUUGCAGAUGGUGAGAACGUCGUGCAGGGCCCUGGGAAGUUCGUUGACGAGAUCCGAAAAAAGUUGGAUUGCCAGAAGCUGUGGUUAAGCCCUCACAUGGACGUGCCAGGCGAGGGUGAAUUACCCCCAAAGCUUCAUGAGUUGCCCGGACCCCUCAGGGAGAUGUACAGUUACGGCGGCCUCGUGGACCUCAAAGACAAUUACAUGAAUUCGAAGUACUAUGGCAGCAAGAAGGACGUCAGCGGCCUUAAGCACCAUUGGACCAAGGAAAUGAUUGAGGAACUCGUUUCUGAAGCUCAUGAACACAAACUCCGAGGCACUUACGGUUUCAACGAAACACAAUGCCUGGAAGCGGGCUUGAAAGAUGCAGAUCUUCGAGGAAAGAAGGUGCUUGUCAUCGGGUCCGAAAGACCUUGGGUAGAAGCCUUGUGCCUCGAGCAUGGAGCUUCUGAGGUCACAACUUUGGAAUAUGCCAGCUUGGUAUCCAGUCACGAUCGUGUGCACACGAUAACGCCUCCCAAGAUGGCAGCUGCAAUGGAGAAGGAUGUCCCGCCAAGCUUUGAUGCUAUUGUGACUUUCUCUUCCGUGGAACACUCAGGCCUGGGGCGGUAUGGUGAUGCUUUGAAUCCAUUUGGGGAUCUGAUCACCAUGGCCCGAGCUUGGUGUGUUGCAAAGCCGGGGGCGAACCUGGUACUGGGCGUCAUGAGCGAGGGUAUUGGCAAGAGGAGAUCCAAGAUCCUCUUCAAUGCGCAUCGCUCCUACGGGAGGGUCACCUAUGCACAGUUGCUUGCGAAUUGGAAGCAAGAGACUUUUCAUAAAUGCGGUCAAAGCGUAUUCACAUCGACGAAGCUACCUGCCUUGUAA